ACUACCUUACAUGGCACAGAAAUUCUCUAUAAUGUUAAAAUAGCACAGAAGACACAUACCCACCCCUGUAAUCAAGUGGAGGUAUCCACCCACAUACACAGCUAGAAUAAAUCUUUGUGAACAGAUCACACGGUCUCUUUUGACCCUUGUGUUCCAAGGAAGAAGCCUUGACAAUUAAACUAUCAGUUCUAGAAAUACCACCAAAGUUCAGGAUGACAACAACAGCCGAGAUCGCCAUUCCUCAGUCUUCAGACGACAUCGCCCCCUCCUGGGUGCAGCAGGUACUGCAGAAGGACCUCCCAGGCAUCACCAUCACGGACGUCGAUGUCAAAGGAUCCAUCAACCAAUGGGAGGGAUUCUUGAGCGACAUCAUCGCUUUUGAUGCCGUGGGGACCAGGAAUGGCACAAGCCAGCGCUACAAUCUCGUCGCUAAACUGACAGACUUCAAGCGGCCCUUGACAAUAUCAAAAGAGUAUCCAAGGGACCUUCAUAUCAAACUCGAGAAGUUUGAAGUCAAGUUUUACUCCAAGGGGGUCCCAGAGCUCCUGUCUGUGGCAAUCCCGAGCUCAGAGCGCGAAUCUAAGUCAGGGAAUGAAGGUGACGAGAAUCCCCCACCUGCUGAUUCCUUGUUCCCAAAAUGCUACUUCGCCGCCACCGAUCCGAGCUCUAUGGUGUCCGUCAGGGUUAUGGAGAACCUGAAGGCUCAGGGAUUCUCCAUAAAACCCAAUCACCAACCUCUGAGCCGCGAGGAGAUGAUGCUUGCUGCAGGGGCCUUGGCGCAGGUGCACGGUCUGUCCCAUCGUCUGGAGCUCCGUUCGGGCGUCCCUCUUCCCGAGAAGUACGACUGGACAGACAACGCAGCUCAGAAGAUUAUAGGAACCCACGCAUAUCGAUCUACUGUGAAGGCAUUCGCCGCAGCUUGUCCUGACCAGGUAGAUCUUAUGGCUCGUCUGGAAAAGUUAGACUUUCUCGAGCUCGUCAAGAAUCUGGAGAAGAAUCCGAGGCUUCACGUGCUUUGCCAUGCAGACUGUUGGGUCAAUAACAUCAUGAUUAAGUACACUGGAGACGUGCCCACCGAAGCAACGCUGGUGGACUGGCAGGCUCCCAUGUACUUGCCGCCAACCUAUGACCUGACUCUCCUGUUCCUUUGCAACACGAGCUGGGACGUCUUCCACAACCACAGGGAUGACAUCCUGGCUUACUAUCACCACAAACUGCUGGACACAGUGGGGCCCAACGAACCGUCGGGUCUACAGAGCUACACGCUGGAACAGUUGAAGGCAGACUUCAAAGCCGACUGUGUGUACGGGGUGAUCAACCGUUUCAUACGUCUGCAGGUCCUGCCUGCAGAUCCAGAUCUGCUGCGUAUGAUCCAGCAGAUCCAGGAAUGGGGUGUUAUCUAAUGAUAUUCUAGUGCAUAUUGAAAACAGCAAAGUACAACUGCCAGUCCGUGUGUUCAUUUGUCUAAGAAAGAAUGUGUAAAAUAAGUGUAAAUUAUGUUGGGGAAAAUCAAAAACAGGUGAACAUUAUAUAUUGUUAUUGAGUAUUAUUUAUGUUUAGGUUUGCAAUCAGCACACUUCUAGUAACUUUAGUUAGUAUGUGAUAAGACAAUUAACAAAGCUGUAUUAACCAGGGUGCCCAACAUCGACCUUAAACCUCGUCUUCCAAACCCCUAUCCACAUACCAAAUAUAUAUAUUAUUAUAUUAUCUAGAGGUUCUUAACUUAUGCUUUACUAUGCUGUAUACUGCAUUCUAUAACUAUACACCAUGUACUUCCAUUUUUCUUGGUAGUAAUUCCCUGGUACACACAGAAAUGAAGUAAGAGAAGAAAAAAAUUUGAUGACAUUUGACAAUUCUUUAUUAUUGACAAUAGAGAUCAUAUUUUCCGGGACAGAUACAUGAUAGGAGAGGAAUUGUCUGUACAUGAUGGAACUUGGAUGAUGUACAGUUUGGGUACAUAGAGACAUGGCACACAAUAAAAACAGCUAAACAUUUGGGUCAUUGCUUGAAGUAAACCUUGUUUGCUUUACAAAAAUAUCCUCUAGUGGGGUAAUACACCCUUUUCACACAGCAGAUGUGAUAGAUUGAAAUCGACGCCAAUGUUGGCAACAAUAGACUGGUCCUGACUAUCCAUCAUAGUUAGCAGUUCAACCAAUGAUAGGAUGGCAAUCAGGAAAUAGACUAGUUAGAGAAUGGCUGUAUGUGGGUUAAAUAUUUGCAUUACUUAGGCCACACCAAUUUAAUGUCUUGGUUCUCAGAUUUCCCGAUGGUCCCAACAAAAAUAAGUAGGUUUUGUUAUUGCAGACCUGUAAACAAAACCCAUUCCAUGAGUACAUACUGCUUAUAAACCAAUCAGAGAGCUUCUUUGUAGUCGCAUGAUAGAAAACAACCAAUAAGCUUCUUGCAUUUCUUCAACAUACAUAAUUUCAGUAUAAAAACAAUUCCCUCUAUUCAGAACAGUGGUAUCAAAUCAAAGGAAGAGAUUCAUUGUAUAAAUCAUGCCUUGAAAAGCUGAAAACUUGACUACUAACCUUGUUUUUUUGUGUUAUAUAAGCCUCAAAUGUUCACCCCAGACUUUUUGCAAAAUUUCAUUUUUUAUUUUUUUUCAACCGACCGCCCCAAUAUUUUUCUGAAAAAAUCCGAGAACCAAGAAAUAAAAUUGGUGUGGCCUUAAGUAUUAUGUGCUAAUUUUUGCAUCUCCACUGGCAUCUCUGUGCGGAAAACAAACUAGGAUGGUACCCAGGGUACAAGUGGUUUUGUAGCUGAAGGCCGUGAUACAUGUAUGUGUAUUCUCAACAAGAAAGCAAAAAACAUUAUAGGAGGAUAAUGCUACAUGUUUGUCAAAUUUGUUUCUCAAAACAGGCAUUUCCUUUCCUUCAAUGACUAAAUGAGAAACUUAAAAAUAAUGGAAGAGACUUAGAGAGCUGAUGAUACAUUGUACUUAACAGUUGCCUAAGUAAAGUAAGUUGCCUAACAUGACAUCCAAGAGAUUGUUAUGUAUGUAUGUAUGUAUGUAUGUAUGUAUGUAUGCACCAAAACGUGGAUGGAGAACUUUGGCAUGAUGUUGCACAGAAAGUCUGUUAUUGCAUUGACUCCAGAUUUGGGUAAAGAAAUGGUAAUGACAUAGCAGCUACAUUCAAUACCUACUCAUUUGUUAACGUAUACAUACAUAUAUAUACAGGAUGAA